CCUGACUAAGCUUCGCAACCUCGCCUUUCUUCGUUCCCGGAUCCGACCAACCCUGAUCGAAACACACAACUCCAUCCAUCCAUUCUUCCAUUCUUCUACAUAUAUAUAACUCGAAAAUACACCCUGUGUGUUACUUCUCCUAACCACCAUAUCCUAGACGGUAUUCCGCGGAGAGAUAUUUUCGCCUACUGCCAUUCGAACGCCAGUCAGUAGUACGUUGUGUUCGCGCUCAGCUGCCUGCUGAAGGGAUUCAGAUUAGCAAUGAGCCACUUGGCUGUCAAAUAUAACUAAUGAGACUAACGUCGUCUUCUCCCUGUCCGCAAAUACCAGCCUUGGAGCUCCAACCAUGCCAUCCAUUCUCACCGAUGCGGAUAAAGAGACGGUCAGGCGAACCGUUCCAAAACCCUCCAACAAGAUACUGGCUGUGGCAGUUGCGCGGUUAUACGUAGCACAUCCAAACCCUCACAAAUGGACAUAUACCGGGUUGCAAGGAGCUGCAGUUCUUGCCAACGACUUGGUUGGACAUACGUUUUGGAUUAAGUUGGUUGAUGUUUCGCCCGCUGGUAGAGGAGUUGUAUGGGACCAGGAAAUCUACGAUGGGUUCUCGUAUAACCAAGACAGGACCUUUUUUCACACUUUCGAGCUAGAGGAAUGUCUCGCAGGGUUAUCGUUUGCGGAUGAGAAGGAGGCAAAGACCUUCAUGAAAAAGGUACUAGAACGAGAGAAGAGCGCGAGUAAAGAAACGAAAACUACACCAUUUGCGUCACUCCGGGGCCAAGGACCCGCACCAGUAGCAAGCAACAAAGGCCAUAGUCGGUUUGGGCUUGGUAGCCUCCUACAUGUCCACCGACAUUCCUCCGCCCAUGCCCCACCUGCUCCUGCGGAAUCUAUUAUCCCCCCAAGGCAGCCCGCUCCAGCUCCCGCUCUCUCCCCGGCAGCAACAGAACUCCCAUCAGCCCCAGAACGGAAGCAGACGUCAGCCUUAGACACGGUAGAUCCGUCAUGGAGAGGCUUGCUCGACGAAUUACUUGCCAUGGGUAUUACGGAGGAUCAAAUCGCGGAGAACUCGGAUUUUAUCAAACAAUACAUUGAGCAGAAGCAAGCCGAUGAGCUUAAUGGUGCAUCUAAGGAAACUCCACCAGAUUCCCAAAAGAGAGCAAAAGCCCCGCCACCUCCUCCGCCGCCAAAUGCCCCACCCCCGCCAACAGCAUCGAUACCGCCCCUCAGCCCCCAGAAUACGGGAAGGAGAAAUGCUCCUCCACGUCCACCGCCGUCACGACGCGGCCGUCCUCCUUCACCACCACCUGCGCGUGGGCCCCCUCCACCAUCUCCAUCUCCGCCGCGGGAGCCAUCACCAGUUCGGCCACGCUUCAAAGCGCCCCCUCCCAUCGCGGAUGCCGGCAAAUUUGCCAAUGCUCUCCCGGGCCGGAAUAGAACUGCAUCAGGUUCUAAUCUAGCCAGACCGGGAGCUCAACCCCCACCACUGCCACCGAAAACUCCUAUAGAGGGAGAGCGAAAGGUCUCAGCCCCCCAACUACCCAGUCGAACCCCAGGUCUCCCACCGCGGCGUGAAGUUAGUCCUGGAUUAACACCCGCCUUACCACCCAAGAUUCCUCAUGUUACUCCUGCAGCCGGGCUUGCCCCUGGGCCUCCUCCUCCCCCCCCACCACGUGCUCAAGCUUCUCCAAGUUCAACUCCCCAGUCAUCACAACCACCGCCACCACCAGCUCCAGUCUCUGUCCCAGGACGUCAACUACCACCACCCAUCUCGGCUCCCGCACCACCGACUCCUCCGCCUCCGCCUCCGGCACCAGCACCAUCAUCGAGCCCCGCACCACCUCCACCCCCACCUCCAGUUAAUACUGGCCCGCCCCCGCCUCCACCUUCAACCGGUGGUCUUCCUCGCCCUCCUCCCCGUCCCGCGCCUUCAACCGUUGCUCCGCCCCCACCACCGCCUCCGCCGGCUGGAGUUGCUCGCCCACCCCCUCCUCCAUCUGUUGGUAGCCCUCCUCCUCCCCCACCACCACCGCCACCAGGCCCCGCAGCCAACGGCGCACCUCCUGCCCCUCCCCCUCCACCAUCGUCAUCAACCGCACCAUCCCUUCCAAAACCAGCACCGGGGAAAGACGAUCUUCUAGCCUCAAUCCGUGCAGGAACAGGCCUUCGAAAGGUCAAAGACACCGAGAAGCGAGAUCGAAGCGCAGCCGCCGUUCCCGGUGCAAGUAGCGAGACACCGUCGUCACCAGCAUCAGGUGGAGCUGGGCCCGGAGAACCGAAUUCAAUGCUAGGGUCUUUACAGGCGGCGUUGAAUAAGCGGAAGCAGAAAGUCAGCGGAAGUGAUGAUGAAAAAUCAGAUGACGAGUGGUGAGGUUAGUUUUGGUAUUGGUUUUGGUCUUGGUUUGAGCCAUCAUGGUUAUAUUCGUGGAUCCAUUUGCUGUCACUUUUCCCUUUUUUUUUUUUUUUUUUUUAUAU